AUGUCUACGCAGAAUAAGCGCUGCACCGAGAUCGAUUUCAGGCCUUAUAAGCCAAAAGUCGGACAGGCCGCGGAGCCACAUCGACAGGAUACGGGUGACACGCCGGCUCUACGGAUCACGGCGAACCCCUUAUCUGGCACCACCAAGAAGCGAAAGGUGUCUAUGCCAGACGAUGCCACUAAGAAAGUGGUCACCGGGGGCCCCAAGAAGCUGGUUCUACUCCAAGAGAGGGACGGGAAAGAGUUGUCCGGCACGUUUCUCGUGAGGCAGGAAUCGCCCUGGAACACCUACCGCCGAACACUCCGGUGCAAGCUGGCAGGGGAUGUGCUCAUCGCCGCUCGGCGUGCCGGCCCGUCGCAGGUGGUGGCCAUCCGGGAGUACGGCCAGGACAACGCCGACAAGAUGCUGCAGCUAUAUCGUAAGCUGAAUCAUCCCAAUGUCCUCACGGCACGGGAGUGUUUUGUUGAUAACGGGAGCUUGUAUCCUCUCGUCGAUGACCUUCCGCUUACCCUGGAGCACCUUGUGGGUUGCCGAUUCCUCUACCCGACUGAGACUGAACUGGCCUCUAUGGUUCUGAAUGGCAUAGACUACCUCGCCCAGUCGGCAUUGGAGCAUCGGUCUCUGUCGUGCCAGCACAUUCUGCUCGGGCUGGAUGGGAUUGUCAAGAUUGGAGCACUCGAAUCGUGCGUCGAAAGCCCUGCGGAUCGGGUUCGGCGAACAUACACCCAAGCCCUCGCCUGCGUCACCAUGGAGCUGAUGCAAAAGUACGUCAAGGAGGACGGGGUGGUGGGCAUCGACGAUGUGCAUCGCUGGCCGUUGGACUCGGAUGCGUUUGGCUUCCUGAGCGCCAUUUGGACCUCGGACUCUUUUGCAACGCUAAAACAGCAUCCGCUUGUUCGUAAGCAGCAUCGAUUGGUCGGGGAGCUAGUCCUGCUUGCUCGGGCCGUCCUACUCUCUGCUAGGGUGUUCUUCUCUCCCGAGAAGUGA